UCAUGCGUUUGUUCUUGAGAAAAUAUAUUAACAAGUAUUUAACCUUCUUUCACAUUUAUAAAACUUUUAUCUCCUUUCUUCGGCAUAGAACAGCAUGGGUACCCUAGACGAACCUUUGCAAUAUCCCGCUGCUCGCAGAGACGACUCUGUCGUUGACGAUUACCAUGGCCUCAAAAUCGCCGACCCUUAUCGAUGGUUGGAAGAUCCUGAUGCUGAAGAAGUGAAAGAGUUUGUUGAGAAACAGGUUCAAUUGACGAAUUCGGUGAUUCAACAAUGCGAAACAAGAUCCAAGCUUAACGAAACAAUCACAAAGCUAUUUGAUCAUCCUCGUUAUGAUGCUCCUUUUAGAAGAGCCAAUAAGUACUUUUACUUCCAUAACACUGGUCUUCAAGCACAGGACAUUCUCUAUGUCCAGGAUAGUUUGGAGGGAGAACCACAGGUUUUGCUUGACCCAAAUGCCUUAAGUGAAGAUGGAACUGUAUCAUUGAACACAUUUUCGGUGAGUGAAGAUGCCAAGUACUUGGCUUAUGCGCUUAGUUCCAGUGGUAGUGAUUGGGCGACUAUAAAAGUGUUGCGUAUCGAGGACAAGAAUGCUGAGCCUGAUAAUUUAUCAUGGGUUAAAUUUUCCUCCAUUAGCUGGACACAUGAUAACAAAGGUUUCUUUUAUAGCCGCUAUCCAGCACCCAAAGAUGGAGAAGUGGUAGAUGCUGGGACUGAAACGAACUCUAACCUUUAUCAUAUGCUUUAUUAUCAUUUUUUGGGCACGGAUCAAUCAGGAGAUAUUUUGUGCUGGAAAGAUCAUGAAAACCCUAAAUAUUCGUUUGGAGGAAUUGUUACUGAUGAUGGGAAGUAUCUCCUCCUCUAUAUUAGCGAAGGGUGUGAUCCAGUUAACAAACUGUACUACUGUGACAUGUCUGAUUUUCCCAGCAUAUUCGAAAGUUUUUUUAGUGCAAAUUCUCCCCUCCCUUUUGUCAAACUUAUUGAUAAUUUUGAUGCAAAGUAUGAUUACAUUGCAAAUGAUGACAGUGUGUUUACAUUUUUAACUAAUAAAGAUGCUCCAAAAUAUAAACUAGUCCGAGUAGAUUUGGAGAAACCAAACACAUGGGCUGAUGUUUUGCCAGAGUCUGACAAAGAUGUACUUGAGUCCGCAUGUGCUGUAAAUGGUAACCAACUGAUAGUAAGUUACUUGAGUGAUGUGAAGCAUCUUAUACAAGUAAGAGACUUAAAAUCAGGUUCCUUGCUGCAUGAACUGCCAAUUGACAUUGGCACAGUUUAUGAUAUUUCUGCACGGCGUGAAGAUAAUGUGGUUUUCAUUAGCUUUACAAGCUUUCUGUCUCCCGGUAUCGUUUAUCAGUGCAACCUGGGAACAGGGACUCCUGAUCUGAAGAUAUUACGUGAAAUUGCAGUCCCUGGGUUUGAUCGCUCCGAGUUUCAAGUCAAUCAGGUUUUUUUCCCUAGUAAAGAUGGCACCAAGAUCCCAAUGUUCAUUGUUGCAAAAAAGGAUAUUGUUUUCGAUGGUUCACACCCGUGUCUGUUAUAUGGAUAUGGUGGUUUUAACAUCAGUAUUACACCAUCCUUCAGUGUUAGUCGCAUUGUACUCACAAAACAUUUAGGUUUUGUUUACUGCAUUGCGAAUAUUCGUGGUGGUGGAGAAUAUGGGGAAGAAUGGCAUAAAGCAGGUUCCCUUGCUAAAAAACAGAAUUGCUUUGAUGACUUCAUUUCUGCCGGUGAAUACCUUGUGUCCACGGGUUAUACCCAACCCAGAAAGUUAUGCAUCGAAGGUGGAAGCAAUGGUGGACUUCUUGUUGGUGCUUGCGUAAAUCAGAGACCUGAGCUCUUUGGCUGUGCAUUGGCUCAUGUUGGCGUUAUGGACAUGCUACGGUUCCACAAAUUUACCAUAGGUCAUGCUUGGACCUCAGAUUAUGGUUGUGCAGAUAAGGAGGAAGAGUUUCAUUGGCUAAUCAAGUACUCACCAUUGCAUAAUGUCCGGCGACCUUGGGAACAGCAUCCUGACAAGUCAAUUCAAUACCCAUCAACUAUGUUGUUAACGGCAGAUCAUGAUGAUCGAGUUGUGCCACUACACUCAUUGAAGCUAUUGGCGACCAUGCAGUAUGUGCUAUGUAGUAGCUUGGAGAAAAGUCCCCAAACAAACCCUAUAAUUGGUCGCAUUGACUGCAAAGCUGGACAUGGAGCGGGUCGUCCAACAAAGAAAAUGAUCGACGAAGCUGCCGAUCGGUACAGUUUUAUGGCAAAAAUGUUAGAAGCACAUUGGAUUGAAUAGAGCCCACUCGAUCACAGUAUAUAUAAGAAUGGAAUAAAAUUUCUUUCAGGCAAUGCCGGCAAACCAAUUCAUUUCUCUGUUCACUUCCAACAAGAAAACAUUUUGAACAUGAGAUUGUUAGCGAAGUGGGAAUAUGAUUAAGUUACCAUGCUACCAUAUACCCAAAUGAAUCGUCAAUCAUUUAUUUUGAAUUAUUUUCAAAUAAAUAUUUGAAAGUUGUUAUAAAAACAUUGGUACUUCAGAAAUUGAUGUGGUAAAACUUCAAUUACUUGCCUGUAAACUUUCCGGAAUAUUUAAAGGGUCAUGCUAACUUGUGCCCUUAUUGUUAACUUGUUCCUAAGGACACAAGUUAUGUGCCCUAAGGGCACAAGUUAAACAACCCAAAGAGAGCAACUAUGUAUUAAAAAACAUAUGUUAACUUUUAAGAAGUUGAAUGUAUGACUUUUGAUACGUAUAUUUCUAUAAUGAAUUCUUUAACAUGUGUA